GGAGGGCAAACACGUAGGCUAGUGGUGUUGCUUCCUGGUACACCAAGCUGUGAAUGAAAAACACAGCGUUUUGUGUCGUUACAGUAGCCUACAUUUGGGAACGGUUGGGGGAAGCAACUUGAAAUCUGACCGAAGAGGAAACUGCACAAAACAACAACAACAACAACAACAACAACAAAAGGCUAAUGCUGGUAACUCUGUCACUACCAUGCGUGCUCAUCUCUUAUGUACUGUUAAUAGUUGUAGCAGCAGGCUGAGGUCGGCCAGAGUCCAGGCUCCUACACAGUGCAAUUCAGGGUUUAAAAUAAUUUUCUAUUUUUUGCUAAUAGAAACAUGAAGCAAGGAAGUGGUUUUCAGUGUAGCAGUUGCACAGUGUUUUAAAUCGCCCCCACAUACUCCAUAUUAAUAUAAUGGGUAACCAGAAUUGAUUUGGAGAUAUUUUCAGAUUUGUUUGCCUGCACAUGAAAUCACGAAAGGAGUCACUGAAAGGCCAAAUCAAAACCAAGUUUUUAUACAAUGGCAGCUGCCACUAACACAUUUGAAAAUGUGAAAGCGGCCGUCUUAUCAGCUCAUAAGACCACCACAUCAGCAGAAAAGGUCGACUUUUACAACUCCUGGGCAGAGAACUAUGAACAGGAUCUGGAAGUUCUGGAGUACCGUGCACCAAGUCUGGCAGCAGACAGCAUCUCCUCUCAUUUCAGCAGUGACCGUGAAGCAGCUGUAGUGUUGGAUUUGGCCUGUGGCACAGGACUGAUGGCCAAACAGAUGAAGAGACAUGGAUUUGGACAUUUUGUGGGUAUUGAUGGAAGUGAAGCUAUGUUGGAGAUGGCCAGAAAGAGCGGAUUGUACCAGGACCUGAAGCAGUCCAUACUAGGAGAGGGGCCGCUACCUUUCCAGUGGGGUUUGUUUGAUGUGGUCGUGAUCAUUGGAGCACUGAGUGUUGGUCAGGUCCCGGUUAGUGUCGUCAGAGAGAUGUGCAAGUCCACCAAACCAGGUGGCUAUAUUUGCAUGACAACUAGAAGUAACCAAGACAAUGUGGAGUACAAAGCUGCCCUGGAGUAUGAGCUGAAGCUGAUGGAGGAUGAAGGGCUCUGGACUUGUGUAGAGGUCACUGAGGUGGAAGACUGGGAGAGAGCGGUGUCAGAGCAGGAGGACGGCUAUAUAUCUGGUGCUGUGUACCUUUAUAAGAGACUACAACUAUAGUACAUUGCAGGACAAUGAUGAUGGGACAUCUUAUCAGCAAAGGUACACAACAACUGAAGAAGAUACAAAAUAAAGAUAUGGAGCUCCAGUCGCCAAUGUAAAUAUAAGACUCCAAAUGUUGAUGAAUAAAUGUUUCAUUUUCAUGUUUAACAAUAUUCAUGCUACAUGCAUAAGCAUGCUGCAGUAAAAUUGGUAUCUGAUGAUGUACAUUAUCUUGUCGAUAUGCAGUAAAGUCUUCUAGUA